AAAAAAAAUAUAUUCAAGGAGCCAUAAACAGAAAAUAAUUUGAUCCAGCUCUCGGACAUGGGCAGUAACGUCAAGUCCCAGCUGAUGCUGCUCACAGCCUCCAAAGGCGUUUCCUGAUUGGUCAGUUCAAGCAUCCCGCCCUGAUCUUCCUCUGUGCUGACCAAUGGCAUCACUUCCUUUAACUUAGAGUCUCAAACUAGGAUGCUAUUGGCGGAAAGGAACAUUUCCCGCGUUAUUCAGUGUUAGUACAGGUUUGGCGCCCUCUAGCAGCUCCAGCACAGACUUGCUGGGUAGAUCGUCCUUCUUGCUCCGGACUUUUUGGACUUUGAACUCUUUGAAAUGGUGCGGCCGCAGGAGAAGAUGUGGUCAAAGAUGUACGUCCUCAAGAGAGAUGGGCGUCAAGAACCUGUCAUGUUUGACAAGAUAACCUCCCGCAUUCAGAAACUUUGCUAUGGUCUUAACAUGGACUUCAUUGACCCGCCUGCAAUCACCUUGAAGGUGAUCAAUGGACUAUAUACGGGAGUCACGACGGUGGAAUUGGAUAAUCUUGCGGCCGAGACGUCGGCAACCAUGACCACGAAGCACCCUGACUACGCUGUUUUGGCGGCAAGGAUUGCCGUCUCAAAUCUCCACAAGGAGACCAAGAAAUCUUUCAGUGAGGUCAUGGAGGAUCUGCGUAACAUGACCAACAAGAAAACUGGAAUGAAGAUGCCUAUGAUAGGUGAAAGCUAUUACAAAAUCAUCAUGGACAAUGCUGAUAAAUUGAACUCUGCCAUUAUCUAUGAUAGAGACUUUUCAUACAAUUACUUUGGAUUUAAGACUCUGGAGCGCUCGUAUUUGCUGAAAAUUGAUGGGAAAGUUGCUGAACGUCCGCAGCAGAUGUUAAUGAGGGUGGCAGUUGGCAUUCACGGAGAAGACAUUGAUGCAGUCAUUGAGACUUACAACUUGCUUUCCGAGAAGUGGUUUACUCACGCAUCCCCGACACUUUUUAAUGCCGCUACAUGCCGGCCACAACUGUCCAGUUGCUUUUUGUUGACCAUGAAGGAUGACAGCAUUGAAGGCAUUUACGACACACUAAAGCACUGUGCACUCAUAUCAAAAUCUGCCGGUGGAAUUGGUCUGAAUGUGCAUUGUAUCAGAUCGAUGGGAAGCUAUAUUGCUGGAACUAAUGGUACCUCCAAUGGUUUGGUGCCUAUGCUGCGAGUAUAUAACAAUACAGCACGUUAUGUUGACCAAGGAGGUAACAAGAGACCAGGUGCAUUUGCUAUAUAUUUGGAGCCCUGGCACCCAGAUAUCUUCGAUUUCCUUGAUCUGCGCAAGAAUACUGGCAAAGAUGAACAAAGGGCUCGUGAUCUUUUCUACGCCUUGUGGAUUCCAGACCUUUUCAUGAAACGUGUGGAGGAGAAUGGAGAUUGGAGCCUAAUGUGUCCUCAUGAGUGCCCUGGACUACAUGAUAGUUGGGGUGCAGAGUUUGAGAAACUUUACAUAAAAUACGAGAGUGAAGGUCGUUUCCGCCGCAAAGUGAAAGCACAGCAGCUGUGGUAUGCUGUCAUUGAGUCGCAGGUGGAAACUGGAACCCCUUACAUGCUUUACAAGGAUGCUUGCAACAGUAAGAGCAAUCAACAGAAUCUUGGGACAAUAAAGUGCUCAAAUCUUUGCACAGAGAUUGUGGAAUAUUCAUCACCAGAUGAGAUUGCAGUGUGCAACUUGGCAUCCAUUGCUCUCAAUAUGUAUGUUAACCCAGAUAGAACUUACAACUUUGCCAAGCUGAAAGAGGUCACCAAGGUGGUUACCAGAAAUCUGAACAAGGUAAUUGAUGUGAACUUCUACCCAGUGGAGGAGGCCAAGCGUUCCAACAUGCGUCAUCGUCCGAUUGGCAUUGGUGUUCAAGGUCUCGCCGAUGCUUUCAUUCUUAUGAGGUAUCCUUUUGAUUCUGAAAAAGCCAAGUUGUUAAACAAGCAAAUAUUUGAAACCAUCUACUAUGGAGCUAUGGAAGCAAGUUGUGAACUUGCUGAAAAGGAAGGCCCAUACGAGACAUAUGCCGGAUCCCCCGUCAGCAAGGGAAUUUUCCAGUAUGACAUGUGGAAUGUAACACCCACAGGUCUUCACAAUUGGGCUGCACUGAAGGCUAAGGUUGCAAAACAUGGUGUCCGAAACUCUCUGCUGGUUGCUCCCAUGCCUACUGCUUCCACUGCCCAGAUCCUUGGAAAUAAUGAAGCUAUUGAGGCAUAUACUUCCAAUAUAUACACUCGUAGGGUUCUCUCUGGAGAAUUUCAGAUUGUAAACCAUCACCUCUUACGUGACUUGACAGAACUUGGAUUGUGGGACGAUGAAACUAAAAAUGAGUUGAUUGCCAAAAAUGGUUCUAUUCAGGGUAUCGAAAAGAUUCCUGCUGAUCUUAAAGCACUAUACAAGACAGUGUGGGAGAUCUCCCAGAAGGUUGUCAUUCAAAUGGCAGCAGAUCGUGGUGCCUUCAUUGACCAGAGUCAGUCGCUGAACAUUCACAUUGCAGAACCAAAUUAUGGUAAACUGACAUCCAUGCAUUUCUAUGCUUGGAAAUUGGGAUUAAAGACCGGGAUGUACUAUCUGCGUACUAAACCUGCUGCUAAUGCUAUUCAGUUCACUGUUGAUAAAUCUAAGCUGAAGUCGUCUACUGCUGCCAGCAGUGAAUCGAAUGGAACAACAAAUGGAAUAAAAAAUGAAGGAUUACAGAACAUGGCAGCUAUGGUGUGUUCUCUUGAAAAUAAGGAUGAAUGCCUCAUGUGUGGAUCAUAAGACUGGGUUUUUAGGGGAGGGGGGAGGGGUGUAUGGAUUGGUGAAUUGUGUGUAGGGAGGGGCAAGUAGGGUGUGUAGGGAGGGGCAAGUAGGGUGGUCAUAAGGAUUAGUGCAUAAAGUUUGGAUUAUAAAAAAUAUAAUGAUUCAUAGUUUAGAUCUUGUGCUGAGUUUUUCAUGUUUAAUAUCUUGUUUGGUUCUUAUAAUGACUGUUCAUAAUUACUGUAAUAUAUUUGUGUACUAUAUGCUUUUAAUAAUUUUUACUUUGUCUCUAGGGGACCAUUUUUUUCUUUUUCUUAGUUUAAUAAGUGCUUUAUUUUAAGGAUUUUUUAAUUGCUUAAUUUUUUUUAAGUUGUGCAUUCACACAUGUGCCUUAUGUAGUAGUACAACACAACCGAGAGCUUACAUAUCACUGCCACUUUGUACAUAUUUUAGUAUUGUACUCUUUUUUACCAUUUAAUUUCUUUUAUGUAACAUAUUUCUUCUUAAUACAGUAUUGCUUGUUUGUAUAGAAAUUGGUAACUGCAAAAGUAUAUUAGAGAAACUGAUGGGCUUACUUGCCUAUUUGUAUCCUUAUUUGGGAAAUCUUCUUCUAGACAUUAAAAUCUUGGUGCUGAAAUUUAAAUCAUAAAUGGACUAGUGUGUGAGGCAGCACAAAUUGUGCUGCAGUGUGCAUGGUCAAAGAAAACUACCAUUGAUGGAAAAUAAUGUUUUUUUCCCAUGGUAGUGUUUCUAUACAUGGCUCAAUUCCUGUUGCCACCAGACAUGAUUUCUAAUCACAUUCUUGUUACAUUUGUCAUUAAAUUUACCAAUUGAUUUUGUCUGCAAGUGUGAAUAUAGAGUUGCAUCAGGUACACUAAGUGUAUUGCAUUUGGGAAUAUUUCUUGAGUGUGAUUUGUAUUAAUAAAUUUUGUAUAAUAAACUUUCUCAAAGA